CCAGACAUCCCGCCGUCCAUCAACACUCUCUAAUCAUAAUAUCGCUAACGUCCCGCUCGAAUAAGAUAUUCGUCCAGUUUGGUUUAAAUUCUUACAGUGCGGCGUGCUUAAGCGCCAACCCUACACUGCCCCGGGCCUUGUCCACGUCGUCACUCACACUUCUGUACUUACAUUACUCGGGGCUUUGAGGGUUAUUCUUGUUGGGAGGCACUCAAAGUUGUAAUGCUCCAACCUACGCUGGUCCUCAUGCUGCGGACGUGUUUUGCCAUACUCUUAGCUACCGUCUCUACCUAUGCCCGUACCAACCAGCAGGCACUAAACCCUAGUCAGAUAGCAUCACUAAACAACUUUGGGACCUCUACUUCGCUUGCAUUCCCCACCCAAAGCCUGGGAGCUUCAGAUGCUACAUCGUUCCUCGUGUCUCAUGGUUGGGAUAUCACCAAGAAAGGCCACGUAGCUCAGGAGAAUGACACAUCCUUUAUAAGCGAUCCCAUCACUAAGGACGGCUGGGUUUAUGCCAUUGACUAUCCAAAAGGCAGUCUCUCUGGCACCGGGGGUGCGGAGUUCUCCACUUACUGGAACAAUUCAGGUACAGCAUUCGGCAGCAUGCUCGUUCAUUAUGAAGUGGCGUUCGAUCCAAAUUUUCAAUGGGCGCUUGGCGGUAAGCUGCCUGGUUUGAGAGGGGGUAGUUUGGACGGAUGCUCUGGAGGGAAGGAUUCUCCUGAUUGUUUUAGCGUGCGAUUAAUGUGGAGGGCAGAUGGCAAGGGGGAAGCUUACGCGUACAUUGCUGCAAGUACCUCGUUUUGUGCAGAAAAGGAUGUGAGAUGCAAUGAAGAUGGUUACGGCACUAGCAUUGACCGAGGAUUAUUCGUAUUCGUGUCUUCAGGGUGGAACGAAGUAGACAUGAUAGUGCAGCUCAAUAAUCCUCCAAAUUCAGCCAAUGGUAUCAUUCAGGUCUAUUACAAUGGCCUUAUAGCUGUCAAUAAAACUGGAUUGCAAAUCCGUUCACAGGAUUCGAUUACAGGCAUCACAGGGCUAUUUUUCAGUACGUUUUUUGGAGGAAACAACGCAUCAUGGGAGAGCCCUAUAGACCAGCACGCGUACUUUCGUAAUUUUCAGAUGUGGGCGUCCGAAUCGUUUUCCAAAGCAUCUUCUGGCAUUACUUCUGCCCAGAUACCAUCGAUUUUCCAGCUCUUGACCUUGGUUGGGUCUGUUGUGCUUCUUUGGAUUCCAUUUGGUAUUUGAUUUCGCCUCUUAUGCGCGAUGUACGCGUUUCUCUGGUGCUGGAGCCCUAGUUUUCGACAUUCUCGAAUGUACCAAUGGACCAAGAGCAUUCCAUAUUGAAUGUAUUUCAUGGACUUUUAGGUUCUCAUCAAAGACCAGUGUUUGUGGUUGUAACUGCAGUGAUUUAUUGCAAUCUGGCACCAUAUUUGAUCUUUACAAUUUUGUUGCAACUCUUGACUGCGCAAACGUUCCUGUGUUGACGUGGACAAUCUGGUAGGUGGGAAAGUGAAGUACU